CGAUUUUCCAAUUAUACAUGAUAUAAGCGGACAUGACGUCAUUUUUUUCAAUGCUGUAAGCGAUACCAGACAUUACGACGCGCGCUAUUUUUUAAGUCACACUGUCAUUAUGGUUAAACACUGUUGUUGGGGGACUUGCAGAAGCGAUUCCCGUUACGCCGAGGGUGAGCAUAUGGAGGGGGUUUCAUGGUUUCCGUUUCCAAAACCCAUAACGCAGUUAGAAAAAUGUCAGAGAUGGGUUAAACUUUGCGGUAGGAAAAAUUUUACCGUUGCUAAUGUAAACAAGUCCACAUACAUUUGUUCGAAACAUUUCCUGUCUGGAAGACCUACUGAAGAGCACCCAGACCCGAUACCUGCUGCGGGGACAUCCUUGGACAUACUGAGGGCACAGAAACGAAAACGAAGGGUGCUUGUGAGAGUAAAUAGUGGAAAUGUCUUGGGUCCAGAGGAAAAGAAAAUAAAGAAUGAUGCAUUUUGCUUGGAUGUGGGGGCAAACAUGGAAAUUGCUGCUGAGGAAGCUGAAGAAACUGUUGUCACCUGCACCAGUGCACAUGAUGAGGAUGUUGAAUGUGUGCCUGUAAUAAAGGAAAUUCUUAAUGACUUCUACAAAAUUAAUUUUCACACAAAAUCAAGAAAAAUUUAA